AUGAACUUCUCACAAAUUCUUGUCGUCCUUGCGACCAUCGGUCUUGCCAGCGCUGUACCAGCCACUAGUGAUGCCUCACAGUGCACUACAGCCCAAGCCAACUCAUGCUGCACUAGCUUGACUAACGGCAUCUUGAAUGUGAACGUGCUUCCCGCACUUUGCGUUCCGCUUGUUGGAAACUGCAACAACCAGGCUGCCUGCUGCACCACUAAUGGAAUUGGUCUUCUCAACUGCCUGACCGUCCAGGUCUAG